UAACAAUUAACAAGACUCAUGAUGUAUGAAAUAGGAGUUGAAGCUAUUGUCCAGACUUCAUAACUGUAAUUCAGUUGUUAAGUUUAUUGUUGGAAUCAAUAAAGAACACCUUCCGUUUCUCACCACAGGUACUGCUCAUUUUCAGACCAUGCAUCUAACCAAGUGGAUUAUGAUCAAACUGUAAGGGCAUUCAGUUGCAAACAUAUGUAACCAUGUCUGGUGAGCAGUACAAAGGAUUGGUAAAGCUGUCUGACCACAGUCAACAAACACUGAUCAAGAAAUGUCGAAUCCAUGAUGUGUAUGAAGUGGAACAUGCACCUUUUGCAAGGGGCAAGUUCGCGACCGUGCGCAAGUCGACGCACCGCGUGUCGGGCGUCACGUUCGCCGCCAAGUUCGUGCGGCGGCGGCGGCGCGCCUCCGAGGUGCUGCACGAGAUCCUGCACGAGGUGGCCAUCCUGAGCUGGCGCGCGCCGCCGGCCGCCAGCCGGGCCAGCGAGCGCAUCGUGCGCCUGCACGAGGUGUUCGAGACGCCCACCGAGACGGCGCUCGUGCUCGAGAUGGUGCCGGGCGGCGAGCUGCAGCGGCUGGUGGACUGGGACGAGACCAUCGCCGAGCCGGAGGCGCGCCGCAUGCUGCGUCAAGUGCUCGAGGCGGUCGUCUUCCUCCAUGAGGAUAUCGCCCAUCUGGACCUCAAGCCUCAGAACAUCCUGUUGACGGGGCCGUUCCCCGGCUGUGACGUCAAGCUGUGCGACUUCGGCAUCUCGCGUCUGAUCGAGCCGGGCGUGGAGGUGCGCGAGGUGCUGGGCACGCCCGACUACGUGGCGCCCGAAGUGCUGCAGUACGAGCCCAUCAGUCUGCUGACCGACAUGUGGUCAAUCGGAGUGUUGGCGUACGUGCUGCUCUCCGGCCACUCGCCGUUCGGCGGCGACACCAAGCAGGAGACGUUCUGCAACAUCGCUCAGGGCCAGCUGGACUUCCCCGAGGAGCUGUUCGCCGACACGUCGCAGGCGGCGCUCGACUUCAUGACCGCCCUGUUGCUGGUCGAGCCCAGUGAGCGUCUGUCAGCGCGCACCAGCCUGCAGCACGCCUGGCUGACGCCGCCGCCGAGCGCUCCGCCAGCGCCGGCGCCGGCGCCCCACCUGCACCAGGUCAUCAUCAAACGCUCCGGCCGCGACGGCGACCCGGCCUCCUUCCCCAGCAAGGUGCUGGUGCUCGACAAGAACGUGAUGUGCUGACGGCCGGGCCGCCGCCCGACACGCCCGCGUCUAGUCUGCACUGUGUCCGCGCAGCAGAGCCGCGCCGCCACCGGUCGGCGCUCCACGGCGGGCACUCCGCUGCUGCCGGCGCUGCUGCCGGCGCCGGCCGUCCUGGGCAUGGCCGGUUGUGCCGCCGAGUCCGGCGGUAGAGGAGCGAGCCGCUGGCGGUGCCGCUCGACGUUGCGCCCCAGUCGGCGCCAGAUCUGUAUUAUCUAGUUACGCACGGCCCCGGCCGCGUUUUGUCGGCCCCUGGCCGUGACAUUCUCACUGUUAGUUUGCACGGAUUUCUCCACGCUUGUGUUAGAUUCAGGAGUAUGUUGCAACUCAGAUCGCGGGAGUUAGAUAGCUGGCAGCCGACCAGCGAGUGCGUGAUCAGCUGCCGGCGUGCCGAGG